AUGCUUUCUUCACUCUGGGAACAGCCUGAAAAAGUGCAGGCAGAGAUUUUCUCGGCGUUGCCAGACUCCUUUCGACAGCUUGGUCAGUCUGAGCACUCUCGCAACCAAAAGCGCGGCCGGCCGCUGGACUCUUUUCUUGAAGGUCCAUUGGUACGAAAUGGCAUCCUGUACUUGACCGAUAUCCCCUACGGACGUAUCUUUGCGCUGGAUCUUUCCACCAGGGUAUGGACAUUGGUGGUCCAGUAUGACGGCGAGCCAAAUGGGCUCGCGUGGCACGAAGGCCGCCAAAAGAUUCUCAUUGCCGAUUUCAAGUGCGGUAUUCUGGAGCUUGAUCUCAAUGACCGAAAAGUCACAACGCUCAUGGAUCGCUUCAACGGCGAAAGGCUCAAGGGUCCAAAUGACCUUGUUGUAGCCCGCGAUGGGACAAUUAUUUUCACCGAUCAGGGCAUGAGCGGACUUCAAGAUCCGAGUGGCAGGGUCUACCGCAUAGGUACCGACUGCCGGGUUGAUGUUUUGCUCCGAAACUGCCCUUCACCCAAUGGCCUAGUGCUUGACGUCAGCCAGACGUCUCUGUUUGUCGCAAUGACCCGGGAUAACAGCAUAUGGCUCGCGCCACUGUAUCCUGAUGGCAGUGUCCAACGCACUGGCCGCUUUUCAAGUUAUUUCGGCGUCGGAGGACCCGAUGGAAUGGCCACUGAUAUUGAAGGCAAUAUCUUCGUAGCUCAUUCUACCCUUGGCACGGUCUUUGUGCAUCGCAAAGAUGGCACAUUGCGGACUAGGAUUCUGACUGGGCAUCUCGGACAAGGCACCACAAAUCUCACCUGGGGCGGCGAUGACGGAAGGCUCUUGUAUAUAGUGGAGAGUGAAAGUGGCUCUGUACUGACGGUGACAUGGCACUGUGCUGGAGUUUGCUAG